CAGGAACAAGACGGGAGACGACAACAUAGGGGCGAUUGACGAGAGAGUUGCGACCGUUGCUGCCGCUUGCGCAAUCGUCUGCUUGUCUAAAGUAGGCGAUUGGAAGCCAGAGCCAAGAUGAACUCUUGCGUCCUGAAUGGAUUUAAGGCUUCGCCAAGGUUGGUUUGCGUCCUCCCUUGCACGCUGCAGCUAACGGACCGGAGGCUAGCUUUUGUAUCAAGUCAUUGAAUAGACCCUACCCACCGACGUCACAAAACCACGUGCUCGCUGUAUGGUUCCGCCCACUUGUCCGUCAUUUUGUCUCUGUAUUAGCAUUGGUUUCAAUUGAUCGAGGAAUUUAAAAUGCAUUUCAUGGAAGACCCGGUGCUUUCUGAUGCCGUAAACUCACUGGAUGUGUUGCAUAAAAGGCGUUAUGUGGAAAAGCUUCGUUCUAUACAGUCGCCAGAUCCAUAUUUGAUGCCCAAAUCGAUGUUUUUCGACCCACUGUCUUCGCCCUGUCUGCCUGACAUCUGCUAGGCUGAUAUUUACAAUUAUCUUGUCCACACAAAAUCAGCCUAUUCUCACGAAAAUUUGAAAAACUUCAAAAGCUUGGAGGCUUAUAAAUACUUCGUUGCUGGUCGGGUGAAACAGGUCCUCGUCCACGAAAAUUCGGCAGGAAUCUAUCUUGUGCUUGGAAAGGUGGGUCACGCCUUCAUCCAUCAGCUGAUAAAGACGCGUCACACCAACACCAGUGACCCUCUUACGAAGGCGGAAGUGUUCGCCGAAACAUGUCAGAUCUAAAUGUCACCCAAGCCCAUCCUCCUGAGCACCAGGAGUCAGAAUGCAUUAAGAAGCAGGAGGAGUCACCAUACAUCAAGGAUGAGCAAGAGUCCGUACCCAUUCAAGGUUUCGGCAACUAUCUUGAUCUUGAGUGGCAGGAGUCUCCUGGCGUUAAAGAGGAAGUCGAGCACUGGCAUAUGAAAGAGGAAGAGCCAGAGCACCUUCGACAGCAAAAGAGAGAAGUGCAACUUCCAAUAAAAAAGGAGGAGGUAGAGCUGCCAUACGUUAAAGAGGAGGACGAUAUCACCAGGUCGACUGGUGAGCCCUUGAAGAGUGAAGAUGGUCCGACUGAGUCCAGCAGGGAGACUGAGGCCAUCGGAGCAUCAUCAGAUAGAAAUGGCGCCACGUCACUCUCAACUUACAAAGAUGAUGGUCAUAAAAGAUCUCACAGUGACGACAAACUCUGCAAAUGCUCUCAGUGUGGGAAAACCUUUGCUAAUAACUACACUUGUCGUCUGCAUAUGAGGAGGCACACUGGCGAAAAACCUUUUGUCUGCUCAGUUUGUGGUCAAAAAUUCACUUGGAAGACCAGCUUAAUCAGACACACAAGAAUCCACACUGGCGAAAAACCUAUUUCCUGCUCUGUUUGUGGAAAACGAUUUGCUUGGACGGCAGACUUAACUAAACACACAAGCACCCAUACUGGUGUAAAACCUUUUUCCUGCUCAGUUUGUGGCCAAGGGUUCAAUCGAAAGCAAAACUUAAUAGUACACACAAGAACUCACACUGGUGAAAAACCCUUUUCCUGCUCAGUUUGUGGUCAAGGGUUCACUCUAAAGCAAAACUUAAUAGUACACACAAGAACCCACAUUGGUGAAAAACCUUUUUCCUGCUCAGUUUGUGGAAAAAGAUUUGUUAGUUCGGGAGACUUAACAAGACACACAAGAACCCAUACUGGUGAAAAACCUUUUUCUUGCCCAGUUUGUGGUAAAGGUUUUGCUCAAAUGCAAAACGUAAACGAACACACAAGAACCCACACUGGUGAAAAACCUUUUUCCUGCUUAGUUUGUGGUCAAGGGUUCACUCGAAAGCAAAACAUGCAAAGACACAUAAGAACCCACACUGGAAUAUAAAACUUUUUUUCCUGCUCAGUUUGUGGUCAAGGAUUCGCUCUGUAGGACCAGAUGAAGUGUGUGUUGGUGUGAGAAGCAGUGGCCAGUGACUGUUUUGCCUGUCAUCCAUGCUGCCUUCAUCAGAUUGUGCACGCAGGAUGAUUAUUCUGUAGCGCUUCCUGUUGAGGAUUACAUGUGCUUUGUCAAUUCCUUGUUUGACGUGGAUCCACACUAUUGCCAAAAGUAUUGGCUCACCUGAUUUAACUCUUAAAUUAAGUGGCAUUAUGUACAGUCAUGGACGAAAUUAUUGGCAACCCUGGAAUUUUUCCAGAAAAUACAGCAUUUCUCACAGAAAUUGAAGCAAUUACAAAUGUUUUCAGUAUGAAUGUGUAUAUUUCUUUGAUGUGCAUUAGAAAAACACAAAGCUGAGAAAAAGUCAAAAUUGACGCAAUUUUAGAUGAACCUCAAAAAACAGGCUGGACAAAAUUUUCGGCACCCUCACCUCAAUAUUUGGAAGAAAUAACAAAGCAAUCGCUACCUCUAAUCAUCAACAAGUUUCGUGCACCUCUCUUUUGGACCAAUUUUCUUUUGCGAAAUGUUCAGGUCUCUCAGAUUUUAUGGGUGCCUUCUUGCAACAGCAAUUUGGAGAGCUCUCCAUGGUGUUCAAAAUAAUUUAGUGCUCAUCGAUGGCCACCUCAGAAUUCUCCAGUGCUUUGUCUCCAACAGUUUCUUGGUGCUAUUUGAGGUAUGUUUUGGGUCAUUGUCCUGUUGGAACACCCAUGACCUCUGACGCAGACCCAGUUUUCUGACACUACACCCUACAUUCCGGCCCAAAACAUUUUGAUAGCCUCCAUAUUUCAUGACUCCCGUUGUGAUUAUUCAACAUACCUUGUUUAUUAUGACAAAGCAGUGAACAGGAAGGGGUUAUGGGAGAACAGAAGAAAAGAAACGACAAGAAAUACAGUGAACACCUACACUAACUAUUAAUAAGUUGUUGCUAUCGUCAGCUAGAUGUAUUUCCGGUUGACACCAUGUGGGGGGCCUGUUGACCAGGUACAGAAGGGAAGGGGGGUGGGGAAGUCUAAAAGCUAAGUGAUUGGGAGGGGUAGAGUUUACACAAAUCAUCUCUGUGAUCUAGAACCCAGUAAUCGUGUGAAUCCCUUGUGUGUGUAAGCCCGUUGGCAACCAACCCUACGCCGCCCCACCGCUAGUCCCGGCACCGGGAUCCCCCAUCCGAGCACGCCCAAUCACAUCCAGCCGCACGUGAGCCCCACCAAACACGCGACAGCCACACAGAUGAGCAGAGACACCGCGCAGGCGCCAACCCAGGGCCACGGCACCCACCCAGCCAGCCCGGGGAGGGAGGGUGCCCGGAGGGGUUGUAGUGCAGCCCAUCCCUGCUCCCGCAGCCCAGCAAAGGAGCCAUCGUUACCCCCACCCCCCACCCCACCCCCGGUCCACCCGCGCUCAUAUCAACCGGCCCUCAGAGACGGGAAGAGGGGACGCACCACCAUCCCCACGCCCGCCCCACCCCCGUCCGAACACCAAUGACCUCUGACGCAGACAGUUUUCUGACACUACACCCUAUGUUCUGACCCAAAACCUUUUGAUAGUCUGUAUAUUUCAUGACUCCUUGCACACUGUCAAGGCAGCCAGAAAAAGCACACAGUGCCUAUAGUCAAACAUAGUGGAGGUCCAAUGGUGUUUUGGGGUAGUUUUGCUGCCUCUGGCACUUGGUGAUUUGACAGUGUGCAAGGAGUCUGGAGCAAGAUAUGUGGAGACCAUGAAAAUGUUUUGGGCCGCAAUGCAGAAUGUAGUGUCAGAAAAAAGGGUCUACGUCAGAGGUCAU